AGAGAGAGAGAGAGAGAGAGAGAGAGAGAGAGACUCUUGAUGCACGAGUGUUGUGACCGGGCUAUACCGUUAUUGUCCCUGUGAGCAGAGCCAAUACAAGCGUCAGAGCAAAAUCUACUGUGGAGAAUUUAAAGGGCGCACACACACAUCCACACGCACGCAUAACCAGCCGACAUGGGGAAGGUGGAAGGAGGAAUGAAAUGCGUGAAAUAUCUCCUGUUCGUGUUCAACUUCAUAUUCUGGUUGAUGGGAUCUUUUGUCCUGGCUGUGGGGCUGUGGCUGCGUUUUGAUCCAGAAACUGUGUCUCUGCUCAAUGGAGAAAAGGCUCCAGACACUUUCUUCAUAGGGGUGUACAUCCUGAUAGGUGCUGGCAGUCUGGUGAUGUUGGUGGGUUUCUUUGGCUGCUGUGGAGCUGUGCGAGAAUCUCAAUGCCUCCUUGGUUCUUUCUUUGCCUGCCUGCUGAUCAUCUUUGGUGCUGAGAUUGCAGCAGGGGUGUUUGGGUUCUUAAACAAAGACAAGAUAAUCGAAGACGUUCAGAACUUUUACGCAACCACCUACAACGAAAACAAUAACAGCACAUUGAUCCUGUCAUACGAGAAAGUGCUGAACUGUUGUGGAACCAUAGCAAGCCAAUGCUCUGAUCCCAAACCGGGAACAAAGGACUGUGAGACAGGCAUCAAGGACUUCUUCAACAGUAAACUCUACAUCAUUGGGUACGUGGGAAUCGGCAUUGCUGGAGUCAUGGUUAUCGGGAUGAUCUUCAGUAUGGUGCUCUGUUGUGCUAUUCGCAACAGUAGGGAGGUCAUCUGAGCGAGAUCAUGGACUUGUACCAAUCACCACUCCCAAAAGACUGUACAGCCUUCAGAUCAUGUCCAAUAUCCGUUGUGGGACCAAGGAACCAAAAAGUUCUCUUUCCACUGUGGUGCUUAACCCAGCUAUCCUGGCCUUAUUUACCACUAUUUUCAUCACAAGCCAAGAUGCAGACUCUACCUUUCCACAAUAUCCUGAUAACAUUCUCAUCAUUCACAUAUCCAGUGGGAACAGUAUCAUUUAUGAUGUUUACCUGACAAUCUAGUUUUUUUCCCCCCUCAUGGCCAUUUAGCAACCACUACGAGUUUUUAGCCCACAUACUAGCACAGUAAUGUCGAUGCUUUUUCACACAGCCUUGACAUUGACCCCGAGGCUGUGGGAAACUUAAGCCCGAGCGAAAAAUCUGAGGCAAGAGCAGCUGAGUUUGCUGAUCUGUGCAUGGAAAUGGACACACACACACACACACACACACACACACACACACACACACACAAACGUGCAGAGUGACACAAGCACAGCAGUGUUGUGUAAUGUAAGGCCAUAGCCUUAAAAUAGGUCUUCUCGGAAAAUAUAUUGAAUCCUGAUUGGUCGUAUCAAAUCAGGAUGCCAAGAGAGGGAGUAGUCAUUAAAUGUUUCAAAAAUGAGUCACUCAUGUAGCCACCUAAGAAACUGCAGAAUCAACACAAACGGCUCACUAUAAGAACAUCUGUGGUCAUCUUAAAGUAACAGUUCAGCAUUUUUGGGGAAUUUGCCCAUUCGCCUUCCCUAAUGAAAGUUGGAUUUGAAGAUUGAUAGCGACCCGAUGCAUAUGUUAAAAUAUAGGCUUCAACCAGACAAACAGUUACAUUAGCUGUGAAAAAAGCAUUGAUUAGACUAACUUUAAAACCUUCAGAUCUUUUUUGGAGGAUUUGUUACCUGUAAACAUAGUUUAGUUAGCUGCAUCCAGUCGUUUUGCAAAGCUAAGCUAACCUGUCUCUAGCCUAAAAUGUAGGCUACAAUACAGUGUCGUCGUCUUAUCCAUCCCUCAGCAAGAAACUGAAGAAGCCUUUUUCUUAAAACGUCAAACUAAUCUAAACUUAACAAGUGUUUAAAAAGUAGUUUUCUAUGUGGAACAAACCAUGCAUACUUUAGAUUAAGAAAACAGUGCUGGUUUGGGAGAUGUCUUUAACAGAAGUUAAUAUAAAAGUUGUUCAAAAUCCUACAUUAAAAAAUUCCUUGCAUUGGAAAACUGUCUGAAAAUUAUACAUCACUUGUAGUUUAGGAGAAAAUAUGUGACUACCUGCUAUGGUACUUAAAAAAAAGAUACUUUUGAUAACUUUACUGCAUUCUAAACUAGAAACGAGAUUCCCUUUUUUUCCCAGACACAACAUUGUAUAGUCGUGUAACCACUUUAUUUUCUCUCUGUAACAUACUGUACAUGCUCUCUUACAUAAGAGGGCACCCCUGAGUUUGUUGACUGUGUGUUUAGAAUAUCAUCUGGCCAUGCUAAACAUAAACCAGCCAGUCGUCUGAGAGCAGGCACUCAGCCUAUGAAGUUCAGUCAUCCAAGCCGGGUCUUUCAUCUUCUUCUUAUUUCCAUCUUUUUUUUCCCCUCUGUGCCUUAAAAUUAAACUGUGUACAACAAAACAAAAGUUAGAAACAACCCCUGUUAUUCCUCUUAUCAACCUCAGCUGACAAUAAGGCUGCACAUACUAACCCAACCUGGAAUCACUCAAAUUAGUCCAGGUGAAAUCAGCCUACUGUUUAUUCUUCAAGUGGCAGAUAUCUUAUGUGUAAAUAUGUGUGUUUUCUUGUAGUUGUACUUCAUUUUGUAGCUGAUGUGAUCCUAUUUAAAAUGCUGUGUGUAGACAGAGGCUUUAGUAGAUGUACAGUGGGAUAGUCAUGAGAGUGCUUUAAAUAGUCAGAGCAAAUCCACUCAACUAAAACAGCUCCUUUCACGUGCCUUUUUUUUUUUUUGAUAACACACAAUUUUACUGAACCACAGGCUGUCCGAACGUAGCAGACGAUAAGUUGUACAUAUGUCUGUAGAUUUGGACUGCGAUUAAUUGUCAAAACCUUUCAUUGAGUAGCACAUAUGGCUCGAUUUGCCGUUAUCGUUUUGGUGUGUUUAAAAGUGUCACACUUGACUGUGCCGUCCCUGCCAAGAGAGCAGAUGUGAUGAGAGCAACAAAAUCUCUGCCAACUAGUUUCUGAGUAGUUAAAAAAAAAAUAGUCUUGCAACUUAAAACAAUGAUUUUAAUUUUCAUCGUGUUCAGAAAAGUGGAACACAAGCCAUUUUCAGUCUGUUUUUUUUCUACAUGUCAGUGUGAUGGGACACAAGUAAGUAGAUGACAAAAAAAAAUCAUUGAGGCUGUUUGGACACCAGCAGGCAGUGUUUACUCUGUGGAGAGAUGCUUUCACUUCUGUGGAGUUUAAACAGGACAAACUGGUGCCACUGAAUCCACAAAGCUGCUGCUCUGUUCCUCAAUAUUUUUCUUUGAGCAAAUCUGAAGAUGUAAAGCACUGCGCAUGAUAAAAAGACACUCUGUAAACAGUCAAGCCUUUUGUAAUUGAUUGUGUGUUAAUUUAUUUAAAUACCAUGCCAGGCUUCUCAGGAAGGUGGGUGUUUAAAGUUAAAUAAAGGUUGAAGUUUUACACGA